GGGCGCGGAGGAUGUCGGCGACCAAGUACACGCACCCGUUCAUGCGCGGGCUCAAGCCGCUGCCCGACGGGCACGAGGAUGAGAUCCAGCAGAUUAGAGAAUGGAUGAAGAGCCAGGCGCAUCUGCCAUACAUCUCCGACGAGUACGUGAUGUUGUUCUUGCACUCCAACUACUACAAAGUGAAAGAGACGAAGGACACGAUCGAGUGCUACUUCACACUGCGCGCAAACACCCCAGAUCUGUUCAGCAAUCGGGAUCCACUGUCGCCGAAGAACAAAGCCAUACUGGAUAUCACGAACAUGAUCGCCCUCCCGAACAAAACCACCGAAGGUUACCACGUGCUGCUCUACCGGCUGUCCGAAUUCGACUACAGCAAGCUGAACUUCGCGGACGCCGUCCGGGUGUUCUGCAUGUUCAACGACGUCAAGCUGUCCGAGGACUGCCUGUCCGACGGGUACAUCGUCAUCUUCGACAUGAAAGGCUGCAGCCUUGGCCAUCUGACCAGGGUCACGCUGCCAGCGUUGAGAGCUUUCAUGCAUUAUAUUCAGAACGCCCAUCCUUGCCGUCUUAAGAAAAUCCAUGUCGUUCACACGGUCUCCUUCAUCAACCAAGUAAUGUGCCUCGUCAAGCCGCUCAUCCACUCAAAUCUCCUCAAUUUGCUCAACUUUUCUUCCGAAGGCCCGGCUUCUGUCGUGGAUAAGGAACUCCUGCCCGAAGACUACGGCGGCCCCCUCCCACCAGUCAAGCAGUUCCACGAGGAGCAGAGAAAGAACAUGGAAGAAAACUACAGGGAUUGGUUGAUAGAGACUGAGAUAUUCAAAGCAGAUGAAAAGAAAAGGAUAAAGAAACCAAGCAGAGGAAUGUUUGCCAGUUUUACCAGCAGCUUCAAAAGCCUGGACAUCGACUGAUGCAAUCAUGUCCAAUAAUGCACCAGGGACCUGAUUACUAGCAACGUUUGUAUAAAGAAUUUUGUAUUUAGUCGUACUUUUAGAUGUACUACUUAUUUUUAUUUGCUUUUUGUUUUUAGAGCAAUAUCUUUAUUAUGAAGAACCAAAUAUCUAUGCUAUUCUGUUUUCUCUGGGUAAGGUUUCAUCGGAUAAAACUUAGUAAAAAUGCUCAUAGAGUUUUGUUAUUAAAUUAAGCUUAGUCACGUUUUAAUGUAAGAUUAGUUAUUGUAAGAUUUGUCUUUGUCAAAGUAUCUGUGAUGAUAAAGAGGUAUAUUUUCAUAAAAAAUGUUAAAGCACACCUUUUUCUUGGAAAAAUUAGAAUUAAAAAUCUAUUGUUUUAGAAUAUUACAAUCAAAGAUAUUAUUUUCUUCCUUUCUAAAGAAUAGUAAUAACUUGUUAUUUUUUGUUAGUUAUGCGAAUAGAGGCAUGAUAUUUUAAUGUUUUAAUGUAAUUUUAUAUUUAUCUUGUAUAUGAUAGUUUUAGUUAUAUAUUUCCAGAGUUUAAGCUUAUUUCGUACACUAUUGUGAGGUCUUCAAUCUGGUUAUUGAAGGAGUGGUGGUUUUUAUACUUAUUUAAUGCUUUAUUUAGUAAAUUGUGUAUUUCCAGUUAGCAGAUACGGUAGUCAGGGUUUUUUCGCUAAUGACAGGGAUGUAUGUAACAUAUCCAUUUAUUUGUUAAAUUCAUUCCUUAUUUGUUAAAUUCAUUCCAAACUCGUUCAUCAGGCUUUUCGGUCUUGGCUUGGUUAUUAUGUAGGUAUACUGCCUGUAAAAGGCAUGAGUUUAGUAAAGUUUUCACGUUGACAUAAUGUUUUUAAUGUCGAGGGGAAACUUCAUUGAUUUUCAAUUCUCAAGUGGCUGGUAUAGCUUUAUUUUCACUAUUGUAACAAAAAUGAGUGUGUUCCAAAAUUUUGAAAGUGAUUAAACAGUUACCAGAUUUUAUCGGUAGCCAAAACUGAC